UUUGGAGGACGAUGUAAAGAGACGACGUACUGUAGAGUAGGUAGCCUUGGCUCACGGCCCUCCACGCCAUAUACCCUUCGGGAGGUCUGCGGUAAGGGCUCUAGCCCGGCCGCCACGGCGUUAAAUACAACAACAACAACAACAACAACCUGCAACAAUGGGUAUCUUCCUCUCCAAACAGCCCUACUCCUAUCAAGGCUGCGGUGCGGUCACCGACGCAGCCAGUGUUUUAGACCUUCAAUAUGACGAUCCGACGAACAACGGCCCUACGGAAUGCCAGGAUACAUGCAUAAAUAACUCGCGCGCUGCAGCUCUAUUACUCGAUGGGAAGUGUUACUGUUCCAAGAACGGUGUCACCAGCAUUGAGUUUGCCUCUGGUCCUCCACCAGGCAACCAACUUUGCACCAUCUCAUGUGGCGAAGUGCUAUCAGUGCCGUUUCUUAGUUCCUCUUUACUUUUCCCUCUCUCGUGUGGUGGAUAUUACAGCGGAGUCUCAGUAUAUAAUGUCUAUGCCACUUCAACAGUGUCGACGGCAACAAUGACGAGUACCACCUCGUCUGAUGCAUCGCCAACCUUCACGACAGCUUCUACGUCCUCCCCGAUCGUGACAACAAUUUCUCAGGCGUCGCCUGACACGACUUUUACGUCUACAAGCUCUUCAACUUUCCCCUCAUCAACCUCGUCAACUUUGUCCUCCACUUCACCAUCAUCCUCGGAUACGUCUUCUUCGGCAUUAUCUCCAACUUCGGAUUCUCCUUCCUCGACAUCAUCUUUGACCGUGUCCUCCACGUCUUCAUCCUUGGAUUCUUCUUCGUUGACGUCAACCUCAGCUUUCCCCUCCACGUCACCGUCAUCGUCAUCCUCGGAUUCUCCUUCUUCGGCAUUAUCAACCUUGUCCUCCACGUCAUCGUCACCCUCAGACUCUCCUUCCUCGACAUUGUCUUUAAACUUCUCUACACCAUCGUCCUCUCUAAGUUCUAGUGAUGAACACAUCACACUCUCUACAGCUUCUUCUUCGUCAAUAAGCAGCAUCGCACCAGCCACCGGUACCCUCACCAGCACCGACAGUAGCACGAUGAAAACAACCGUUUUCAGUCUGACCUCUACCAGCACGUCCUCGACGACAGGUGGAAUAACUUCCACCAGCUCAACUUCAACGGCGAGUCCUACAGUCAGUUCCUCCACUGGAACAACAAUCAGUAGUACGACGAGCAGUAGCACAACAGCCGCAGUUUUGUCGGAUGUAUCGAGGGAUGGGAUCUCUUCAUCUACCACAGUUAUCACCACAAGCGAUCCACCUUUCUCCAACACCACGACCUCCACCACUCGAACCUCCGUUUCCCCUUUGACUAGCAGUGCGGAUAGCUUGUUCUCUUCUACUUCCACUAGUCCCAUCAGCACUGGCACAACAGUCUCACCCUCUCUGAUCGGACUUCCCUUCCACUUGGAGGUUAUCCCGCCGACCGGUCUGUCUCGCAAAUAGGCUUUCUUGUUAGAUUUGUAUGAGUGUGAAUAGUAUUGCGAUUUUACUGGCGUGGACUGCCUUCAUUCGUUUUAGAAUUCUCAAAAUGAUUAUGAGUUCGAGUGUAUCAAAGCUUGCCACAAUGGUUGAUUGUUGAAUAGGAAUAAUGGCCCGGUGUCGUCAGUAGUAGCAGGUUUGCAAAGCUUACAAUAUUACGUCUCCUUAAU